AUGCAAUCCGCCCUUGCAGACGAUGACGGCAGCUCCAACAAAAGCGACUCAUGCACGAUCACUCCCCGGGCAAGCUCCUCUACAACCAGCGCAACAACCCAUCUGCCUGGUCAAAUCACCUCCAAAAGCAACCCAAGCGACCUCCAGCAAAGCCAUGCCUCGCCCCAGCCCCUGGACCCAAAUUCUUCCAUGGUCGAGCAGACCCGAUACCUACAGACCAUGAUAUUUCAGCAAGAGUCACAGCUCUGGAAAGUCAGAGUCGAACAAGCUCGCCAAAGCCGGGCCAUUGACAUAAUGUUCGAGGAACUGAGCCACACGAAUGCGCAUCUAAAUCACACGUCUGACAAGGUCACACGCCUCGCCGAAAAUAUCAAAGACCUUUUUGAGGAACUCUCUCACCAGAGAGAAUUGACGCCCCAGGCAUUGUGCGAAAUGUCUCGGAUUCGCGAGCAGCUUGAAAUUCUCCGCAAUCAUAUUUCUGCAUACGCAUCUGAAGGUGCGCAGGCGCGGGCUCCUUUGUCUCGAGGUAAUAUCUCUCUCACCGACUGGGCUGCUUCUGUUAUGCCUCGCAGACCGUCUUCUGUGCGCACCGAAGACAGUCGUUACUGGCCUUACCCUCAGUAG